UUUCUGACUGACAGAACUGAGUGAUACAAAUCAGCUGACGGCUCUUCAGAGACACACACCAAAAUGUUUUCAUGGGGAGAGGACAGUCAGCAGGGCUUUCGGCUGAAAGAUGGCUCACAUAUCUCAACAGGUGAUGGAAUUCACUUGUUAAACCUCGGUCAUCACAUCACGGAUCUGUCAGCAGGACACAAUGUGCUCGCUUUUAUGAACAGUAAUGGAGAUGCGUUCAUCAUUCGCACCAAUCAGAGCACGGAUGGGAGAAGAGUCAGAGGAAGACAAAAGUGUGUGAAGUGUAAACAGAAGAUUGAGGCUGUGAGUUGUGGUGAUGAUCUGGUCACACUGCUGUCUGAGACAGGGAAAGUUCUCUGUGUGGACACAACUCACACAAACAUCCCUAGGCCUGUGGAAGCUUUGUGUAACAUAGUGGUAUCUCAGGUUGCUUGUGGGAGCCAGCAUUCAGUCGCCCUGACCAAAGAUGGUCAGGUGUACACAUGGGGCCAGGACUCCAGGGGCCAGCUGGGUCUGGGGAGGAGGAAGCUCGGCGCCAGUUCACCCCAACACCUUCGAUCUCUGUCAGCGAUACCCCUGGUCCAGAUUGCUGCAGGGGGAGAGCAGAGCUUCGCCCUCUCUGUCUCUGGAGGUGUGUUCGGCUGGGGCAGAAACGACUGUGGACAGCUCGGGCUGGGAGACACAACAGACAGAGAUACACCGACUUCUGUUCCUUGUCUGAACAUGAAGAAAACUGUUCACAUCUCCUGUGGAAAGGACCACACUGCCGUUCUGACAAAGACUGGUGCAGUGUUUACUUUUGGCUCCGGUCAGUAUGGACAGCUUGGGCACAACUCAUUCAGCGAUGAACUACGACCUCGGCUUGUUGCAGAGCUCUGGGGGGCAAAGGUCACCAGGAUUGCAUGUGGACGACAUCACACAUUAGCAUUGACGGACUCCAAGAAGGUCUACUCCUUUGGGUGUGGAGAGCAGGGGCAGCUGGGACAUGGAGAGGAGAGUCAUCCAUCUGUGCCGCUACCUGUUCAACUGCCACAAGAUGCUACAAAUGGUCCCAUAAUUAGAAACAUCUUCGCAGGAGAAAACUGUUCCUUUGCAACGUGCACGUCUGUUCAGGAAGUUAAUGAGGAGUCAAACACUGACAGAGUCAACAAUGUAACACAGCCCUCUGUUGAUGAGAUGAUUGACAAAUGGGUCUCUAAAUGUGGUUCAAAAUCAUGGAAAAACAUAAAACAGGAAAUCCACGGGACGUUUUCCUCUGCAUCCUGUAUGAAUCAGAUCUUUCUUGACCAAAGAAAAGAUAAACAUUUCCAGACCUCACCAAAGUACUCCGGCUUAAACUUGUCACUUGUGCAACCUGCUUUCGAGAAACUGGUGCAGAAGGAUGAUGUCUUAGCAGAGGUUGAGGCCGCUGUCCUGCACUUGCUUUCUUCUCUUGAUGAGAAGCCUGUGGGCGUGGAGGGGUUGAGGAUCUUCCUGCUUCUUAAUGAGCUACUGCAUGUGAUCCAGAGACGCAAAACGAGCACAGAGCUCGCUGAGGCAAUCGCUGCUGCCACACUAAGACUCCCUGCUGAAAGCCUCCAAGUCAUAGGAGACUGGUGGUCCUCACUAUCGCCCUCCACCAUGGUUAAACAUGUUAAGGUGUGGAAGCAGGCCCUGUCAGUGAUGUUGUGUUUUCCUCACAACUCUGGAGUCAAAAACCUGCUACUGGUCCUGCAGUAUAUGUACAAUGCCAACAACAGAACUGCAAGACGUCAGAGAAUCCCAGAGAAAACUUUUUGUUUGGAGAUUAACCAAAUAUUUCUUAAGGAGGAUCUGCAGAUGUGGCGUUCAAUGUCAAAAAUCAAGGAUAUGGAUUAUCAGCCACUUAUCCUCGUUGACUUCCCAUUUGUGAUGGAUCUGAAAUCAAAGAAAAUGGCUUUUGACAUCAACGCUGCGUGCACUCAGAUGGAACACCAGCCAAUGGGGUGGUUUCUCAACCAAAGUUCUUAUUAUUUUGAACUGAAGCUGAAGCGAGCGUCACUCUGGGAGGGCACCUUCAAACAACUGGCUGCUGCUCAACUCAGUGCCCUCAAGAAGCCACUUGUGGUCUACUUUGAUGAGGACCCAAAGGUCACAGAUGUCUACAAAAAAGACCUUUUUCAUCACUUGUUUCAUGAAAUGAUGUCCACCAAAUCUGGGAUGUUCAUGUUCAACGACUCUGAAACGCUGGCCUGGUUCCCCUCCAAAACAACAGAGGAGAACAAGACAAACUUCUUCCUGUUUGGGGUUCUGUGUGGAUUGGCCUUGUACAACGCAAGUAUCAUACACUUACCCUUCCCACUGGCUCUGUUCAAGAAGCUGCUGGGUGUCGAGCCGACACUGGAGGAUAUGGUGGAAUUCAGCCCAAGUGUUGCAAAGAGUCUGCAGUACGUCUUGGAUUGUGAAGAUGAAGACAUAGAAAACCUAUACAUGGAUUUUAUGAUCAGCUGGGAUGGGACAGAGGUUGACCUUGAUCCCCAAAAUCCUGGAAAGCCAGUGACAAGUCAAAAUAAGAAGGAGUUUGUGGAUGCCUACGUGAGUCAUGCCUUCAACACGUCAGUGGAGGGUGUGUUUCAGGAGUUCAAACGAGGCUUCUUCCAGGUGUGCGAACAGGAUCUGGUGAAGUUGUUUCGGCCAGAGGAGUUGCAGCGAGUACUGGUGGGCCAAGACGUCUAUGACUGGGCGAAGCUGAAACAGAACACAGUGUGGGAUCUUCAUAUUGGCUACCCCACCAUGCAGAUGUUUUGGGAGGUUUUUGAUGAACUGACUGAAGACCAGAGGAAAGAUUUCCUUUGGUUCCUGACUGGUUUUAGGAGGGCUCCUAUUCUGGGCAUGAACCAGGUCUGGAUGGAGGUUCGAGCUACACAAAUCCAGACAGGCCAGCACUACGAUCAGCACUUUCCUGAGUCUCUGACGUGUCACUCCAUUCUGUACCUGCCCUUAUACUCAUCCAAGGAGAUCAUGCGAGACAGGCUGACAGAGGCCCUGAUAGUAGAGAGAGGGUUCGAGAUGUGAUGGUGGAUCUGCAGCUGACUUGAUAAUUUAAGAGUGGACUUUAAUAAGGGUGACCAAAGAGCAGGUAUUCUGUCUUAGCAGCACUACAGUGUAGCUCUGUGACAGAAAGCACUUUAAAAUUCUAUGAAAAUAUAACACGCUAUAAUUUAACUUAGAUAUUUAUUUCUAUGUCAUGAGUUUUACACCUGAAGGGACAAAGUGAUUUUUUUUCAGACCAAGUUG